AUGCAAAAUAAAGGAAUUGGCUAUGCAGUCGUACGAAAUCUUGCCCUGAACUAUGCCAAUUCAUCACCAUCUCAGCCUCUUACAAUUUUGUUGACAGCACGUAAUCCAACACUAGGACAAAGUUCAAUAGAUAAAUUACGUGAAGAAUUGAAGCCUAAUAUUUUAGUAGAGGAUGGUGGAAAAGUAGAUUUGAAAUUUUUGAGAUUAGAUAUAGCUGAUGAACAAAGUAUUAAGGAAGCUAAAGAAAUUAUUGAAAAGGAUUACUUAGCCACCAAUUUUUACGGUACACUUAACGUAUUCAAUGCUCUAUAUCCACUUGUUCGACCAAAUGGUCGUAUUAUUAACGUUUCAAGUAAAGCUGGAAAAUUAAGUGUUUUGAGUAGUGCUUUGCAACAAGAAUUUUUAAAGGAGGAUCUAGACAUGGAGGGAUUAAUUAAAUUAAUGAAGAGAUUUGAG